CAUCAACGCUAGCGAAUCGCUGUUAGUUGUCCCCAUGAGCCUCUCACUGCCUGCACUGCGCUCAAAAUCACCCGACAAAUUCUCCUGAAUGUCAGAUACUUGUAUAGUCUGUCUGGGAGACUUGAGCAAAGAUAAUGGAGAUGCCGCUGCACUUCCAACCGUCGUUGCCAAGUCUCCACAGCAGGGUGCUGCCGCCACAGUCUCGAAGACGGCCGAGGAUGCACGACACAACACGACCCUUCGUGACUCGACUGAAGAUAAUUCAGAUGAGUUAAUCGCUCAUCUAAGACCCUGCGGUCAUUAUCUUCACAAUGAAUGUCUGACGCCGUGGGUGGAAAGGGCCAAUAGCUGUCCGAUUUGCCGCGCAAGUUUCAAUCUGGUCGAACUGAUGCACAAAGUUGAAGGCCAUGUCAUCUCCUCCUAUCCUGUUGAAGAUCGCACCCAAGUCGCCGAAUUGGAUCCGUCCAUGUUCCUCGAGAUCCCCGACGAAGACGACGAGGAUCAAGCCUGCCAGGCUUGCGGUGAAGACGACAACGAAGAUGUGCUCAUGUACUGUGAUGGUUGUCAAAAGUUGUGGCAUACAUAUUGUGUCGAUCUACAAGAGGUGCCUUAUGGCCACUGGUUCUGUGAUAAUUGUCGAGCGCAACGCGACGUCGACCCGCGGCAGCAGGGCCUUCCUCGAGCAGGCAGGGCUAGCCGUCGCCGUACUCGUGGUCAGCAGCGUAGGCAACGCGGCAACGAGUCAAGCUGGAAUCAAGUGUGGCAGACAGUAUGGUCACGCAUCAACCUCGACCUGGAUUUUCCCUAUGAGGAGGACGAGUCAUCGGCAACAUAUCUGAGACGACACCGCCAACAUAGCCAGGCCAAUCGACAGGCUCAUGACGCCUGGCGACGCCGUAUGCAGGUUGCCGAACUUCAAGGUGCUGGGAACCGCUUCAGGGAGAUGGAGCCUACUCUCCCCAGUAGCCCCGGUGGAGAGUCAACGCCACGAAUUCGGCGAAUUGGCACGUCACCGCGCCCGCCGGUGGAAACCCCAGAAGAGCUUAUGGCAUGGCAUGCUUUUGAGCAAGCUCAAGCGUCUCCCAGUGAGUCUGGCUCGGCGAGGAAGAGGAAGAGAAAGUCUCGGUCAGGUUCCCCGAGAGACUCCGAAGAUAGUGCUGCCCCAGCCGUCAAGCGGCGCCGACCAAGCGCAUCUACACGGACUGUCUCAGAGCCUGGAGCCUCUGCAACCCGCAGAACCCGGUCGCGCGAGCCUAUACGACUGGCAGAUCCUAUCCCUCCGAGACAGCCUAUUAUGGAUCCAGCUGCGCCCAGUUUCCUGCAAUCCCUUCUGCAGGAGGUAGAAGACUCUGGCACGAGCUCACACAACGUCCACCUUCAUCGUCCUUCACCUCGUCCUGCAGCGUCUCCUCCUGCUGAGCAAAAUUCUCCACGGCCUUCCUCACCAGCCCUGUCGCCCAUGCCCUCGAACCAUUCCUCACCACGAGCUACAUCCGCCACUCCUCCACCUCCCACCAGUCUCCGACCUAGUUCGCCGACUGGAUUGACGUCGCGUAUACAGCCCAUUUUCCCUUCAACAGACUAUUCUCCCUUGCGUUCAAAUUCUCCUGAACCAACUAACCCAAAGUCCGAAAUUCACAAUCAUCGCCAACCAGGGGGAGCAAAGGCACCUCCCACAGCCGGCCCGAUUUUGGCCCAGCCGAGACCAAGAGCUCGUGUACCACGUAUACUGGAGUCGUCUUCGACAUCAAAGCCGCAGGCUCGAUCUACAGAAACUUCUCCCACCCGAGCGGCCAUGUCUCUCUCCGCCAAAGAAGACGUGCAGAAGCUCGUGGCCACGGCUCUGAAGCCACACUACCACGAUCAGACCAUUACCAAAGACGAGUACACCGUUAUAAACCGCGACAUAUCUCGGAUGUUGUACGAUAGAAUUGGAGACUUUGAGGCUCUGGAUGUCGAUGGAAAGGCGAAGUGGGAGAAAGUUGCGGGCGACGAGGUCGACAAAGCUGUGAGCGCCCUGAAAGCUCCUGGGUGAACAACCUCCUUACUUGCACCUGAUGUUUGGUUUGAGCACUGUUACUGCUUUUUUCUUUCUCUCUUUAUGACGAAGGUUACGAAUUUACGACACGAAUAACGGCGUUUUUGGCAAAGGCAUCAGGGCUUGCAUUUUGAUGGAUUAGGGAUGAGACUUUGUACAAUGGACAAUCAACGACGGGAAGCUGAUCAGUCAGUGGCUUUCGAUAUUGGGGAGAGAGAGAGAGAGAGAGAGAGAGAGAGAAAGACUUCACGGUCAAUCGAGUGGUCGUCAUUUCGAGGAUCCUCGUAGGGUCACUACGAAGUACUACUAAUAAAUUUGGAGUAUAGCAAGCCACCGUGUAUAAAUAUUUGAUGGGCCUACGGAUGUACAUGCCCUGGACUCUUGCUCGGCUUGAUAAAUAAAAC